UGGAUCUCUUUCCUCCGUGCGUCGGGGAGCGGAUCGGAGCCGCUCGAGAGACGCACACAGAGUUCGGUCCGUGUCCAGCUGCAGCAGGCUAACCCCGCAGAAAGGCCACUGCGGGAAGAUGGCGACGGAGAAACAAAAACACGAGGGAAGAGUUAAAAUCGGACAUUACAUUCUCGGUGAUACGCUCGGAGUCGGGACGUUCGGGAAGGUUAAAGUGGGCCAGCAUGAGCUGACCAAGCACCAAGUGGCUGUGAAAAUCUUGAACAGGCAGAAGAUCCGCAGCUUGGACGUGGUGGGAAAAAUCCGCCGGGAGAUCCAGAACCUCAAGCUUUUUAGGCAUCCUCACAUAAUUAAACUGUAUCAAGUUAUUAGCACCCCUACCGAUAUCUUCAUGGUCAUGGAGUAUGUCUCUGGUGGAGAGCUCUUUGAUUACAUCUGCAAAAAUGGAAAGUUGGAAGAGAAGGAGAGUCGGCGGCUGUUCCAGCAGAUUAUAUCUGCGGUAGAUUACUGCCACAGGCACAUGGUGGUACACAGAGACCUCAAACCCGAGAACGUUCUUCUCGAUGCACACAUGAAUGCAAAGAUUGCAGAUUUCGGUCUGUCAAACAUGAUGUCAGAUGGGGAGUUCCUGAGAACAAGUUGUGGGUCUCCAAACUAUGCUGCUCCUGAGGUCAUCUCAGGAAGGUUGUAUGCUGGUCCAGAGGUGGACAUAUGGAGUAGUGGUGUCAUUCUAUACGCGUUGUUGUGCGGGACGCUCCCCUUCGAUGACGAUCAUGUGCCAACGCUCUUCAAAAAAAUCUGCGAUGGGAUCUUUUUCACCCCGCAGUAUCUGAAUCCUUCAGUAGUAAGCCUCCUGAAACACAUGCUGCAAGUGGACCCAAUGAAAAGGGCAACCAUAAAAGAGAUCCGAGAGGAUGAGUGGUUUAAACAGGAUCUGCCCAAGUACUUGUUUCCCGAGGAUCCCUCCUACAGCAACAACAUGAUUGAUGAUGAGGCCUUGAAAGAGGUUUGUGAGAAGUUUGAGUGCACAGAGGAGGAGGUUCUUACCUGCAUUUACAGCCGCAACCACCAAGACCCGUUAGCCGUGGCCUACCAUCUCAUCAUCGACAAUCGACGCAUCAUGAACGAGGCGAAGGAUUUCUACCUGGCCUCGAGCCCUCCCGACAAUUUUCUGGACGACGUGGCCGGAAUCAUCAAGCCCCACCCUGAGCGUUUACCCAUUUUCGUGGCGGAGCCUCCUCCAAGGUCUCGCCACACUCUGGACGAACUGAACCCCCAGAAGUCCAAGCACCAGGGUGUAAGAAGAGCCAAGUGGCACCUGGGGAUCCGCAGUCAGAGCAGACCCAACGAUAUCAUGACUGAAGUGUGCCGUGCAAUGAAACAGCUGGAUUAUGAGUGGAAGGUUGUUAAUCCAUAUUAUCUACGUGUGAGGAGGAAGAAUCCUAUCACUGGAAUGCAAACCAAGAUGAGCCUUCAACUGUACCAGGUGGACAGCAGAACCUACCUCCUUGACUUUCGUAGCAUAGAUGAUGAUAUGCUGGAGACUAAAUCUGGAACUGCUACUCCUCUCCGUUCUGGGUCUGUGGGCAACUACCGGACCACAGUAAAGGGCGACGUAGAGGGACAAGACGUUUCAGCCACCUCCAGCACUGUGCAGCCUGCCAAGAACGCCGAAGGCUCCUUAGGUUCCUCUCUGACCUCGUCCAUCGACUCAUUGGGAGGUGGGGAGAGCACGCCUGCCCCCCGACCAGGGAGCCACACCAUCGAGUUCUUUGAGAUGUGCGCAAAUCUUAUUAAACUACUUGCACGAUAGCUUGCAAAACAAUCAUCGCUAGCCUUUUUUCUCUCUGAGUGUCUUUAUAGCAAUAAGCAUGCGACCGAUUCAUGGCUCACUUUAUCCAGGCUCAGGAUGAAGUGAUUGUUCCAUGGCACUGAUGCAGGUUGGCGUUCCCUAAUCUGUAGGGGAAAAUAUACCAAGUUGACUGGGUCUGUAAGAGCUUAAGAAAGAGGAAUCACGUGCUACUUACCUAGCUACGACAGAACUACAUUUCAGACGGGGGUUGGGGGGUCUUAGAUUUCCAGUUCAGUCCUAAUAACAGAUGCCCACACCCCAAAUACAACUAUAUGCAGAAGUGAGUACACUGAACGGUCUGUACUGUAGGCCCACUUUCCAGUACAGAGAACAAAAUCUCGUUUUUUGCCUGCAGAGAAGGAAGCCACGAAUUGGGGUUAAGAAUUGAGUGGCAGUCAGGAGGCAGCAGGCCCUUUUGCACAACUCUCUUUAAUUUUCUGCUGCUUUUAUCUUUUUUGUUUUUUCUCAGUAAUUUUCAGAGAAGCGUUGCAGAUGUUACCAGGGAACUGCACUACUUCAUGUCCAUCACAUUUAGUUAGACCCCGAAAAGUGCAGUUACCACGGUGGGUCUGCAGUGCGUCAUGGACAAAAAUAAUGCUUCAUCAGAUUCAUCUCGGGUUUUCCUGUUUCUGUCAAAGACUUAAAUGUUCACGAUUUUGUCCUGUUUGUAAAAACAGUUGCUUGAAUUUGUUUGUCCCCUGCAUUUUCAUGUAUAAAGACACAAACAUAUUUAUCAAGGCAUUAAGUGGAGGAAGCUUUGGUUUCAUAGAAUUUGAUUUUAUUUCUUGUAUUAAGUUCAAUUGCUGGAUAUUCUAUACACAUUUAUUCCUUUCUCUUUUUUUUUGUACUGUUUUUAGGUCUUUGUAAGUUGUCGCCCUCAAUCACAAUUAUUCUGACACUUGAUUGUCUUUCUAGAUAACUAGCCUGCUUUUCCAAUUUAAGAGGUGUUCUGUUAUGACACUCGAAAUCUACAAAUAUAUCCUUUUAAGUGUCAUGUAUUAGAUGGACAAAUUGAUUUUGACUUUUGUGUUAUAUUUUUCGGGGAUAAAGUAUAGGAUAUGAGUGUGAUUACUGAGUGAAAUGCCUUCGGGCUACGCUCUUUUCAUAAAUGCCAAUCAGUCAUGUAUACAGACCUCAAGGCCUAAUUUUAAAUGAAUAGUAGCAGUUAUAUCCGAUGUGUAGAAAGUUUCCUUCGUCGGUGAAUACAUAUGGAAAUAUUUUCCUUUUUUUUUUCAGAUGUUUAUUUUUUAGUUGCUUUCACAUUCCUUCAUAAGUUGACAUUUUAUUCCAGACUUCGCUUGAAUCUAUUUGGUACUGUAAAUUGUGAAGGAUGGAAAGUUUUCAGUCAGAUGGUAAACGUGUGACAGAUUUAUAUUUUGUCUGGACAUUAGGCUGGCAGACUUAAAGUCCCAGAUAUGUCUUAUAUUUAGAACAGAUCUCCUUCCAUUUCCUGUCUUAAAGUUUGGAGUGGGUAAUUGUUUGGCUGCCUUAUCCUCAUCAGUACUGUUUCAAUUUUUAUGAUAGAAAUUUGAUUUCACUGCUGGUCAGAAAUAUUGGCACCUUUUGCAAUUUUUAAGAUUGAUGUCCACAACUUAUAUUGUUAGUGUUAUAUCAACAAACACAUUUAAAACUGGUUUUGAAAAACAUGCAUUUUUACGACAACAAAAAAGUCUUGACUCAGUUUCUUUUGUUUUUAUGAAAACCGCCCCUACCUAAAGCUUGAGAUUAUAAGCGUUUAGCCUUAUACAAAAGUGAAAUAAGUUCUCAAUAUUAUGUGGGAAGCAUUUAGACUUCAGAUCAUGAUUAAAAUUGCAAUGUGUGACAAUAAUUGUGAUCAUGUUCUCUUGUGUUAAAAUGGGUUUUCACCCAAAAACAUUUAGCUAAUGUUUGACCUUAAUGUCUCCGUUUUGAAACCACAUUAUAAAAAAAAAAAGGGUGACGACAUUUUAUGGUGUUGUAGACAUGGUGUAAAAUAUCACUCAUUUUUAAAGGGUUUCUUGCAAGUCUAGGUUACCAAAACUUGUCAUGCCUUACAUGAUGGGUUUUGUAGAGGAGCUGAAUGUGUGCAAAAACAUUUACUCUUUGAGAGAUUAUGGUAAGUGUCACAGAAGACUGUUCAAUUCAGUGUCUAGUUGAACCUCUUCAAAAUAUUGCUCUAUUUUUGUUCGGUGUGAAGGGGGACCCUACCAGAUUGAGCAGUGUAAAUUUGAUUGAAAAGUGUUGAAUCAUUUGUAUACACACCUGGCUAAUAAACUGCUAAUAAAUAGCAUUUUUUUUUUUUGCA